UUAUAUUUUCAUUUCACUGUAAUACCCAGAACAUUGAGAGGGAGGCUAAGUAUAUAGGAGGUUUUCCAAGAGCCUUUGUUGUGCAUUUCAGGAAUCACCAGAGUUUUCGACUGACGGAAUGGCCUUUGUAGCACGCAGGAGUAGCGAUGGCACAGUGGUAGAUCAUCAGCAGGUGUCCGGUCGGCGCGCCGUGCGUCCGCUGACCUUGUCGGACAUUAGUGACGAAGAUUCGGAGACGGUGCUGGGCUAUACGAACCGAACCUACGUGGCUCCCACCGUGAGGCUCUUGAGUCAGGGAGACGGAGAGACUGAGAUCGAUGACGUGGUGGAACCUAAGCCCAAGACUGAGGACCAGGCCGAAGAGGAUUCGGAUGUAGAUAAUCUAUUUGAAGACUCUCUGGAGGAUCACGCUGACAUCUCGGACAGUGAGACGGAUUCAAUCCGAAACUUUUGCAAUGAACUAGAAGAGGAGGAGGCCAACGACGCCUUGCGCAGUGAGAUGAUGAACUUUACGGACGAGGACUCGGAAGAUUUGGCUGCAGAAGCCUCGAAGACUCAGAGAAGCAUGGGAAAAGAGGAUGAAGCGUCUGCCACGGAUACUGAGACUGUUAUGAACUUUGACCAGGAUAUUCGGAGCCUGAGCUCCUUUGACAGCUGCACACCAACGGUGACGCUGGGCACAGAGGAUCUUGACAAUUUGGAUAAUCUCAGCGGCAAGACCUUCUUCAAGGAGGACGUGCUGGACGAUAUCAGCAGCAAAACCUCUUCGAAGCAGAGCAAUGAGGACGGCCUCAGCAGAAGGACUUUUACUAUGAAGUCUGCCACCAAGGAAGUGUCCUCCAACUUGGGAUCGGAUCUCGAAUCGGACCAGGGCCAGAUGUCUAGUCGAACCUACGACUUAAGCUACCGGGGCAGUAACCGGGGGAGCAACCGCGGCAGCAUCCGCGGCAGCGAGCGGGGCAGUAACCGCCUUCACGACGGCUCCUCGUUGUCCACCUGUAGCUGGUCUGAGAUGUACGGUGGGGCCCUGCAGCAAUCUAAUGGGCGCAGCAACAUCGUCCCCUCUCUAAGCCUGGCCAGCGCCACCUCGGAAACGUCCACUUUCUACAAGAGCAUAGAGAACAAGGAACGCCAGGGCAAAGCUGCUUUUGAGGACUGGAUAGCGCGGAAGGCGGCUCAGAAGCAGAAGAAUCUGCUGGCUGCCAAGCAGGAGCGGGAGAAACGGGAGGCAGAGGCGGCCCUGCGUCAAAAGCUUUCCCAGGAACGCUUUCAGGAGUGGUGCCGCCGCAAGGAGCAGCAGCAGCAGAAGGAUCAGCAGCAACAUCUACGGAAGAAGACCUCCACCACCAGCCAGUCGAGCUCGGGAAACUUCUCGACCUCGAGCUCCAUUUCCGGAUACGGAUCUAGUACAGGGUCCGGUCCAAGCACCGGUCCUGUAAGAUUGCUGCCGCCUGAGGUCACUAAGAAACGGAUCCUGGAGUGGCAGCGCGUCAAGAACGAGCAGCAGCAGACCGAAAGGGAGCGCCAGCGAAGGCUGCGAGAUAGCAAGCAGAAGCAGGAGGAGGAUCGCAAGCAGCGCUCGCAAGGCGCCUGGAAGAAUUGGAUGAAGCAGGUGGACAAGAGGGCCAAGCCGGUACCCCUGAAUCAGGGCUUCGACUCUCUGCGAGGCACCAUUUCCAACAUCUACAUAAAUCCCGUCCAGUGGGUGUCCAACAUAGACCCGCAGGAAUCGGGUCGCAGUCGUUAAGGUUAUUUCUGUAAUUUUUACGUUCGUUAGUCCAUCGUCCAUUCAAGCUGAGAUGCCCGAUGAAGGAACUGGGAAGACUGGUCGGAAAUUUCUGGAGGAAUCACAAUGGUUGCUGGGCCAGCCAAAAAGACAAUUUCCAUAAACCCAUAUUUGUUAUCUGGAUAGUGGCGGUGGAUCCCACAUUGUUUUAGCUUAUUAACUCAACCAAUAAACCACGAGAUCAAGAUCUUUAA